GAGGGGCGGGCUGCUAGUGCUCCCUCCCCAGGUAGCUGCCUCCAGUUUCCAGCGCCCUGCCCAGACUCUGAACAGAUCUGUUGGGUGAGGAAGAUCAAGGAGGACCAGGACUUUGGUAUCACCGGCAGCCACCUUCACCCGAUUUGCUCUCGCCAUCUCACUACUAUAUAUUUACUCAAAGCCCCACUGAGGUGGAUUCUGUUCUCCUUGUAAACAAGCUCUAUGAUGAGUCAGGAAGGGUACAGUUGUGCCCGUUGUAUGGUACUGGUUCUGUCGAUUAUGCUUCUUUAUUUAGAAGUGAAAUUACAGCCCUGGGCUCACUGGCAACCGUGAAUGUGACACCUGUGGAGAGGGCUGUGUUUAUUACAAAUUUAUGUGUGUGCGUCUUGGGUAUAUUGCAUUACACCUCUGGGAAGAACAUGGAAACCUGAGGGAACAAAUUGUUUCAUUAAAAUUACUUAUAAUUAACUCUGAGCUAUGUGAUGGCCUUUUAACAUUUGAGUUGACUAUCAGUUUCAGUAUUCUUUCCUGAAGCACCAUAGACAGCAGUGAGAAGAAAUGUGAUCAUAUCUUUCUCUUGAAGUGAAACUCCGACUCAUUGCCAAGGAUGGAAGUAAUCUAUUUUGCAUAUUUAAGCAGAUGGAACAGAUUAAAAGGGCCAAUAAACUGUUUACCAAUGAUUGUAUAUUUCUGAAGAAAACUUUGAACAUCCCAGUUAUAUCAGAGAAGCCUUUGUUGUUUAAUGGACUUAACUCCGUUGAUUCUCCAGAAAAUGAAACUGUUGAUAGCAGCUUUUCACAUGAAGAGGAGCCUGUGGUGGGUGGGGAAGACCUCCCUCCUCCCAGUCCUCAGGAAUCUGAGAUUCAGCCUGUGCAGCCUGAAGAAGUGUCAGCCAGAGAUUUCCUUCAAAGACUUGAUUUGCAGAUUAAAUUAUCAACACAGGCAGCCAAGAAACUAAAAGAAGAAAGCAGAGAUGAAGAAAGUCCCUAUGCAACGUCCCUCUAUCACAGUUAGGUGAUUAGUGGCAUGAUUCUAACCUGGAUUAAGUGGUGGUUGGGCCAUAAAGAACCUGGUGACUGAAGAUCCAGAAGCAUCCCUUUUGGAUUCCCAUAGCACUCAUCUUAAAAUCACGAUUAAGUCUACCUACUGCAGUUGCACUGAAGUGGUUAUUUCCCUCUGGCUUUUUAAAAUGUUCAGUUUUUAUUAUGGCAUGAUAGCAAAAUUAUAUUCUGAAGCUUAUUACUUUUGUAGGUGGUAAUAGUUUUUAGACUAGCUUUUGUAAAUACUGGUGGAGAUAAGCAUCAAAGACUUUAUAUAUUUAAGCUGAAAACAGUGUUUAGCUCCUAAUGAAAUUCUAAUUAUGUGAAAAACAUGGUGGCUGUUUAAGUGAUGCUGAAUUUGCUGUGUGUUUAUAACUUAAGUGCUAUAUACAUAUAUAUAUUUCAAUAUGUAUUACAUAUUCCGUAUUAAUACAAAGAACCAAAUUUUGUCUGCUAUUUUGUAAAAAUAAACUACAAAAGUCUGAGAAAAUAAACUAUGUUUUCACAUA